CAAGCAUUGUGCACUCUCUUGUAAUUUGCACUCACAAUGGAUGGAAUUGCAAGCACAGACCUAAGUAACCAGUGGAUGGAGGCAGCUCUGAACCAAGCAAAAGAUGCACUCAACUCAGGUGAAGUACCCGUAGGCUGUGUCUUCAUCUACAAGGGUUCAAUCAUAGCCUCUGGUCGCAACACAGUCAAUGAAACUCACAACGCUACCAGACACGCUGAGAUGAACUGCGUUGACCAAGUAUUGGAUUGGUGUCAAGAGAAGAAGCUCAAUCACAAACAUGUUUUUCCAGAGAUUAGUAUUUACGUCACUGUAGAGCCUUGCGGUAUGUGUGCUGAUGCAUUAGGGCAGCUCGACAUUCAAGAAAUUGUGUUUGGCUGCUCGAACGACAGAUUUGGGGGCUGCGGCUCUGUCGUCAAUGUCCCUAAAAUGUAUAAUUAUCCAUUUAACAUCAAAAAAGGCAUUAGAGCUGAUGAAGCCAUUGGACUCUUGAAGGAUUUCUACAAAGGUGAAAAUCCCAAUGCUCCGUCUGACAAAGCAAAGCGUAAGAAAAGUCAGCAGUAGCCAAGUUCUGUAACUCAUUCCAUGAAUUGGAUUUGAAUUAUAUUCAGGUAUAAAAUAAUUCUUAUGAUUUAAUUCUGGUGUACUGAGAUUCAAGGAACUAUCAUUAAUUUCAUUUACAUCAUAUAAUUCAAUCAAAAGUUUUGAUAUUUAAAGAUGAUUUUUUAAAACAUACAUAUACCUUGUGGUUAUCAAUGAUAAUGUCAGAAAAUAUUUAAAUUCACACCAAGAUAAGGUUGAAUUUAAAUGUUUGCAAAACAGUUGCACAACCUUUUAUAUACAGUUUCAGUAGUGAAGAGUCUUCAUAAAAGGUGAUGAUCUGGAUGGUUUUAGCAAAAGAAAUGUAAAGCAUGUCUUCAGAGCGGAUCACUUCACGUUAGUAUUGGCCAAGAAAUGUCUAUUUUAUGCAUACAAUUUAACCCUCUGUGCUGAUUCUCAGGCUUUUUAUCUGUAAGUGAAGAACAGAAAUUUGUAUCUUAAUUUCUUAGUAUUUUGUGAAAGUUUUUAUACAUAGACAAUUAAAUGUCAGUUCUAUUUUAACCCUGCAAUGUGAAGUUAAUUAUUAUAUUAUCCUUUUUGAAAAGUAUGUAUAUAAACAGUUUAAUACCCAAGACUUUUUGUUGUUAGUAUUUAAUAUUAGUACAAAAGUCUUUUACAACUUAUUGUGUUUAUAGUUCACAAAGAAAAUGUAUUUUUUAUUUUUUUAUAAUUUUUAAACAAAUAAUAGUACAAGCACUUCUAGCAAAGAAGGAUAAGUGUUCUUCAGAUAAAAUAUAAAUAAAAAACUGCAAUUCA